CUGUGUGUGUUUUUAUGGGUGGAGACAAAUCCUGCUCCAAAAUUCAGUCACACACACUGACAACACAAGCCAGCCUAACCCAGGCAGCAGCUACUACAGGCCGGGAAAACCUGGACAUUAUCGGGGUCAGUAAGUUUUUAAGGUCCCGUACAGUACAGUUGGAGCAGUUUGUUUGCGUUAGAAAACAAGAGAGAUGAGUCAGGCGGAGCAGCAGGUGCCCGAUGACAUGCCUGCAUACCUUAAAGAUGAGCCAGAAGCUACAGAGAACAAGGACCACCCACAGACACAGCCGGGCAUGUUUGGCAGGUUGGCAGGCGGUCUGUAUGGUGUCACCAAAGGAGCUGUGGGAGCCACGGUUGGCGGUGUGACCUGGUUAGGGGGAAAGAGUCUGGACCUAACCAAGACCGCUGUGUGCUCUGUCGCUGCUGUGCCUGCGAUGGGCGUGGGGCUGGUAAAAGGGGGAGUGUGCGCUGUAGCUGGAGGAGUAACUGCUGUUGGCUCUGCAGUGGUCAGCAGAGUUCCCAUAGGAGGAGGAGGAGGAGGCAAAAAGAAGGACAAGUCUGACUGAAGUGGAGAAGGAGGUGUGUGAAUGCACACAGCUGAGGUGUAUGACUCACACUGUGAACGCCUGUUUUUUUAGCAUUUAUGAGCAGGAAAGGGGCGACAAAGGACUCAAAAGUUCAGUGUACACACAUUUGGUGAGGGAGAUUUUUUUGUCUUUAGUUUUUUAUUUUUUCCAUGUGACUUAUGGUACACCCAGGUUCAUUUGGUUAUGCAGCGAGGACCUGUAAAGCAAAAACUUACAAAGAAUCUGUUGGUAAAGGAAAACUCACCAAAUGAUUAUCACCCGUGCCUGAAGUUUUUCGAAAAAAAUAUUCCAUGU